UGUUUGAAACAACUAUGGUGCAAGUGAGAGAAGCAUAAAAAUCUUUCACAUCUAUGCUUUUAUCUCUAAUGCAUAAUGCACAUUAGGAUAUAACAGCUGUUGUUUGUUCGAUCGAAGCAGCUACUGCUUCUACUGACAAAUAUCAUAAUGCUUCGACUUUGUCGAUUGUAUCGGCUCAUCACGCUAAGUAUGCGCUUGAUUCGUAUAUAUAUCUAGGAAUAUCUUUCAAGGGUUUGAUCAUGAAACUUUCUACAUGGAUGGUAGCCUCUCUUCACUCCUGAACCCUGAUCAGUUUCGCCGCGAUUGUUUCACUCAAUACAGAGACAUGAAGUCCAUGGAUCCUGCUGAGCUUCUUGGGAUCUUACCGACGGGUCAUUUUGGAAAAUUUUGUUCCAAUAAGUAUCUUGCUAUUGUUCAUCCCAAGAUGGAGGAGUCCUUGUUUGGUAACUUGGAGCAGAAUAGUCAAGUCCAGGCAGGAAACCACCCGAGGUGGGAGUUCUAUAAGGAACUUUUAGGGUUGGCCAAGACUGUGUGGUUGCUUCAUUUACUAGCAUUUUCAUUGAAUCCUCCGCCGAGUCAAUUUGAGGCAAGUCGUGGAGUUGAGUUCCAUCCACAAUAUAUGGAUAGUGUUGUGAAAUUUUCUGGUGGGCGGGUACCGGCUGGUCAGGUCGUAGAGUUUCCCGUUAGUCCUGGAUUUAAGCUUGGGAAUGGAUCUGUUAUGAAGGCUAGGGGUUAUUUGAUAGCUAGAACAUAAUGUUUUAGGAGAGAUGAUAGUAAUCAAAUUAUGUGUAGCAGGAUUG